AUGUUCUUUUACCUCUCUCCCCUUUCUUUUGGCCCUCCGCCUAUUUCUUUCUCCAUUAACCUCCUGUUUCUCUCUUUACCCGCCCAUAUUUCUUUCUCCAUUAACCUCCUGUUUCUCUCUUUAGUUAACUCUCACUUUUCUUUUCGCUUCAUUCUCCUUGCCCCUCUCUCUAUGUUCUUUUACCUCUCUCCCCUUUCUUUUGGCCCUCCGCCUAUUUCUUUCUCCAUUAACCUCCUGUUUCUCUCUUUAGUUAACAUUCUCACCUUUCUUUUCACUUCAUUCUCCUUGCCCCUCUCUCUAUUUAACACUCUCACUUUUCUUUUCAAUUCAUUCUCCUUGCCCCUCUCUCUAUGUUCUUUUACCUCUCUCCCUUUCUUUAGCCCGCCCCCUAUUUCUUUCUCCAUUAACCUCCUGUUUCUCUCUUUAUUAACACUCUCACUUUUCUUUUCACUUCAUUCUCCUUGCCCCUCUCUCUAUGUUCUUUUACCUCUCUCCCUUUCUUUUAGCCCGCCCCCUAUUUCUUUCUCCAUUAACCUCCUGUUUCUCUCUUUAGUUAACACUCUCACUUUUCUUUUCACUUCAUUCUCCUUGCCCCUCUCUCUAUGUUCUUUUAUCUCCCCCCCUUCCUUUAGCCACCCCCUAUUUCUUUCUCCAUUAACCUCCUUUAACACUCACCAUUCUUUUCACUUCAUUCUCCUUGCCCCUCUCUCUAUGUUCUUUUACCUCUCUCCCUUUACUUUAGCCCGCCCCCUAUUUCUUUCUCCAUUAACCUCCUGUUUCUCUCUUUACCCGCCCCCUAUUUCUUUCUCCAUUAACCUCCUGUUUCUCUCUUUAUUAACACUCUCACUUUUCUUUUCACUUCAUUCUCCUUGCCCCUCUCUCUAUGUUCUAUUACCUCUCUCCCCUUCCUUUAGCCCUCCCCCUAUUUCUUUCUCCAUUAACCUCAUGUUUCUCUCUUUAUUAACACUCUCACUUUUCUUUUCACUUCAUCCUUUUGGCCACUCUCUCUAUGUUCUUUUACCUCUCUCCCUUUCCUUUAGGCCUUCCCUAUUUCUUUCUCCAUUAACCUCCUGUUUCUCUCUUUACCCGCCCCCUAUUUCUUUCUCCAUUAACCUCCUGUUUCUCUCUUUAGUUAACACUCUCACUUUUUUUUCACUUCAUUCUCCUUGCCCCUCUCUCUAUAUUCUUUUACCUCUCUCCCCUUCUUUUACCCUCUCCCCUCCCCUAUUUUUUUUUCUCCAUUAA